AUGGUGAAGAGAAGGCAAGCAGGCACCAUGGGCACCUCUGUCUUCUCAUGUCUCUUUGUUGUCCUCCUAGCCGGGAGCUCCCCAGCAGGCUGUGCUGAAGAUAACAGCUCUACAUCCCACAGCACGGAAGGAGGUACAGAGAAACUUGUCCUAUUGAAUGACAUCGCAGAUGUGGAAGCCUUCAUCAGUGGUGCGGAGGUGGCAGUUGUUGGGUUCUUCCAGGAGCCGGAGAGCCCCGAGGUGUCGCAGCUCCGCCUGGCGGCCGCGCGGAUGCCGGAGGUGCCCUUCGCGCUCAGCAGCAGCUCCGCGGUGCGGGAGCACUACGGCGUGGCGGCGGCCACCGUCACGCUGUUCCGCAGGGCAGACAAAGAAAGGAUAGAUAUGGAUAUGGACAAAGAAGAAAUCGAUGCCGAUAAGAUGACUCGUUUCAUUCGAAUGAAUGAGCUCCGCCUGGUGACAGAGUACAACCCUACGACAGCAGUAGGUGUGCUGCACAGUUCUCUCCAGCUCCACCUCCUCCUGUUCACAGACAAGAAGUCCCCAGAGCACCCUGAGCAAAUGCGCAGAUAUCGUGAAGCAGCGGAGCUCUUUGAGGAUAAGAUUCUCUUUGUCCUGGUAGACAUUAACUUGAAAAGCAAUGAGCAAGUGAUGGCAUACUUCAAACUGAAGAAGUCUCAGCUGCCAGCUCUGGCUAUAUUCCAUACACCGGAUGAGAAACAUGAUGUGUUGCCUCUGGAUGAAGUCUCCAUUGAACGUGUGAAGGACUUCUGUAAUGCUUUCUUACAAAAAAUGCAAAAGGAAGAAGACAAGCCAGAGGAGAAGGCCUUCAAUGAGGAACUCUAACUCUUUCUCAACAAACAUGAUGACUGUGCCCAGAGCCAUCUGCUCUUGGUGUAUAAAGAGUUCACUUAGCUUCACAGCUCAGGAAUUCUUGGUGUAAUAGGAUUAAGGGGCCAAGUCAGUCACAGAUUCCCAUCUCCAUGCCAUGCACAUAUUUGCUGCCUGUCCUCUCUAGGAAUCACUUCUCUCUUCUGAUUUGCUGGCUCCAGCUCUCUCUCUUAUUUUUCCAGGUGCUCUGGUAUUGCUGUACACAGUGUGCUUCCACUUAACCUCUGAUGAAGCAACAGGCAAUAUAACAAAAUCGCAACAUCAGAGAUAUACCUUGUAGCUCCCAGAAAGACUGACAGAUCUGUUUCUCUCAUAAUGCCUCCCAUGUUCUCUUUGCUUUUGGUGCCAUGCUGGGAUCCAGCAGGUUCAGUCAACCUAUU